AUGGAAGGAUGCAACUUUGAAAUUACUCCUGUGAAAGAGAGGCAUGAGAAGGUGGAAAUAGAAAACAAGGGAACAGUUGAAGCACUCUACAAGGCACUUUUGGGACAAGGUCAAAUGGAAAUGGUGGCAAAGUUGCUAGCAAAUGACCUUGAGUGGUGGUUCCAUGGCCCCCCACAGUGUCAACACAUGAUGAAGGUGUUAACAGGGGAGACAGCUCACAACAAAGGGUUCCGGUUCGAGCCGAGGAGCGUCACCGCCAUCGGAGACACCGUGAUCGCCGAGGGAUGGGAAGGUAAGGCUUAUUGGGUGCACGUUUGGACAGUGAAAAAUGGCCUAAUCACGCAGUUUAGAGAGUAUUUCAAUACGUGGCUUGUUGUGAGGGAUUUGAGGUCACCAGGGUGGGAGGAUAGGCAACAAGAGAACAUGGUGACUUUGUGGCAAAGCCAGCCUCGUGAUCUAUAUCGCCGAUCGUUGCCGGGACUUGUAUUAGCCCUUUAG